GCGAGCCAGCCAGUGAGCAGGCAGCCCUCAGUGAGCGCAGCCAGCCGCGGAGCUGUCAGAUAUAAAACACUGGACUGUAACGGUGGCCGACGGCUGGAUGUCACCGUCGGAGGGCGGAGAGAGCAGAGCCGCCGUCGUGUCGUCCCCAGCCGCUCCGCAGCAGGGCUGAACGACCGAGCGUCCGCCGCCGCCGAGGUUCGAUCGACAGACGUGUGCGGCGGCAAGAAGAUGCGCAGUUUUGCGGUGACAGUGCUGGAAGUUUCACCGUCCACAGGCCCGUCGUCACUCGGAGCUUACAGCAGUGAGCCCAGGACAAACGUGUUAGUGUGUGUCGACCAUGUCAGAUAAGAUGUCCAGCUUCCUUCACAUUGGGGACAUCUGUUCCCUGUACGCAGAGGGAUCCACCAAUGGUUUCAUCAGCACCCUGGGCUUGGUGGAUGACCGCUGCGUCGUCCAGCCUGACGCAGGGGACCUCAACAACCCUCCAAAGAAGUUCCGAGACUGUCUGUUCAGACUGUGUCCUAUGAACCGCUAUUCGGCGCAGAAGCAGUUCUGGAAAGCAGCGAAGCCUGGAGGGAACACUGACACAGUGCUCCUCAACAAGCUUCAUCAUGCAGCCGACCUGGAGAAGAAGCAGAAUGACUCUGAAAACAAAAAACUACUUGGGACAGUAAUUCAGUAUGGGAACGUUAUUCAGCUCCUCCACCUGAAGAGCAACAAGUACCUGACGGUGAACAAGCGUCUGCCUGCGCUGUUGGAGAAGAACGCCAUGAGGGUGAUGCUGGACACUGCUGGAAACGAGGGGUCCUGGUUUUACAUACAGCCUUUCUACAAACUGCGCUCCAUCGGAGACAGUGUGGUGAUUGGGGACAAAGUGGUCCUGAACCCCGUGAAUGCUGGUCAGCCGCUCCAUGCCAGCACGCAUCAGCUCGUGGACAAUCCAGGAUGCAAUGAGGUGAACUCGGUCAACUGUAACACCAGCUGGAAGAUUGUCUUGUUUAUGAAAUGGAGUGACAACCAGGAGAUCAUCCUAAAAGGGGGUGAUGUGGUGCGGUUGUUUCAUGCAGAGCAGGAGAAAUUCCUUACAUGUGACGAUCACAGAAGAAAACAAUAUGUUUUCCUUCGAACUACUGGACGGCAGUCUGCUACCUCGGCAACUAGCAGCAAAGCCCUAUGGGAGAUUGAGGUCGUGCAGCAUGAUCCGUGUCGAGGGGGCGCAGGCUACUGGAACAGCCUGUUCAGGUUCAAACACCUGGCCACCGGACAUUACCUGGCUGCAGAGGUGAAUCCAGAGUAUGAAGAUGAGUGCCUGGAGUCCCGCUCAUCACUGGACUCGGAGCAAGAAGUCUUAAGAGCCCGUUUGAGGAAUGUCCCGGACAAAGUCAUGUACACUCUUGUGUCGGUUCCUGAUGGAAAUGACAUUUCCUCCAUAUUUGAACUUGACCCGACCACCUUAAGAGGGGGAGACUCCCUAGUACCAAGGAACUCAUAUGUCCGCCUCAGACACCUGUGCACCAACACAUGGCUUCACAGUACCAACCAACCAAUUGACAAGGAGGAGGAAAAACCUGUCAUGCUGCGUAUUGGCACAUCUGCACUCAAAGAGGACAAAGAGGCUUUUGCCAUCGUGCCCGUCUCCCCGGCUGAGGUGAGAGACCUCGACUUCGCCAAUGAUGCCAGUAAAGUGCUGGCCUCCAUUGCUGGAAAGCUGGAGAAAGGCACCAUCACACAGAAUGAGAGGAGGGCGGUUACCAAGCUUCUGGAGGAUCUGGUGUUCUUUGUUGUGGACAUUCCCAACAAUGGACAGGAUGUUCUAGAGAUCAUGGUCAACAAACCAAACAGAGAACGACAGAAACUCAUGAGAGAACAGAAUAUUCUCAAACAGAUCUUCAAGCUGCUGCAGGCUCCUUUCACAGACAGUGGGGAUGGGCCCAUGCUGCGACUGGAGGAGCUGGCCGACCAGCGUCAUGCCCCCUUCAGACACAUCUGCCGCCUGUGUUACCGGGUUUUACGUCAUUCUCAGCAGGACUACCGUAAGAACCAGGAGUACAUUGCCAAACAGUUUCGCUUCAUGCAAAAACAGAUCGGCUAUGAUGUCCUGGCAGAGGACACGAUCACAGCUCUGCUCCAUAACAACCGAAAGCUGCUGGAGAAACACAUCACUGCUGCAGAGAUUGACACGUUUGUCAGUCUGGUCCGCAAGAACCGCGAGCCAAGGUUCCUGGACUACCUGUCAGACUUGUGUGUGUCAAUGAAUAAGUCCAUCCCUGUGACACAGGAGCUCAUCUGUAACGCAGUGCUGGAUCCAGCUAACGCAGACAUUCUCAUUGAAACAAAAUUGGUGCUGUCGAGAUUUGAAAUCGAGGGUGUGCCGCUCGGGGAGAAUUCUUUGGAGUCGGAGGAAGAUGAGGAGGAAGUGUGGUUGUUCUGGAAGGAUAGCAAUAAAGAGAUCCGCAGUAAAAGCAUCAGGGAGCUGGCUCAGGAUGCCAAGGAGGACCAGAAGGAGGACCAGGAGGUGAUCAGCUACUACAGGUACCAGCUGAACCUGUUUGCCAGAAUGUGUUUGGACCGUCAGUAUUUGGCGAUCAACAAGAUCUCUGGGCAGCUGGACGUGGACCUAAUCUUACGAUGCAUGUCAGAUGAAGACCUGCCCUACGACCUGCGAGCCUCCUUCUGUCGCAUGAUGCUGCACAUGCAUGUGGAUCGUGACCCUCAGGAGCAGGUCACACCCGUCAAAUACGCACGACUCUGGUCCGAGAUCCCCUCGGAGAUUGCCAUCGACGACUAUGACAAUGAUGGAACGUCAAAAGAUGAAAUUAAGGAGAGAUUCUCGCAAACUAUGGAGUUUGUUGAGAACUACCUGAGAGAUGUGGUCUGUCAGAGCUUCCCCUUUGCAGAUAAAGAAAAGAACAAGCUCACAUUUGAGGUGGUGAAUCUGGCCAGGAACCUGAUUUAUUUUGGUUUCUACAACUUCAGCGACCUGUUGAGACUAACCAAGAUCCUGCUGGCUAUUCUAGACUGUGUCCACGUCAGCACAAUUUUCCCUUUCAACAAACUGGACAAAGGAGAUGAGAGUAAAGGUAGUAAUGUAAUGAGGUCUAUUCAUGGUGUUGGAGAGUUGAUGUCCCAGGUAGUCUUGAGAGGAGGAGGCUUCCUUCCCACAACCUCCAACAACAGCUCGAAUGGAGACACGGUCAAGACUCAGACUGAACCAGAGAAACAGGACAUACUGGUCAUGGACACCAAGCUCAAGAUCAUUGAGAUCCUACAGUUCAUCCUGAAUGUCCGCCUGGACUACAGGAUCUCCUGUCUGCUGUCUAUAUUUAAAAGAGAGUUUGAUGAGAGUAACUCCCAGAGUGAAAUAUCUGUAACUGGAGCAGUGGAGGGACCAAACAAUAUGCCAGGGGCUUUGGAUUUUGAACACAUAGAGGAACAGGCGGAGGGGAUAUUUGGAGGAAGUGAAGAGAACACCCCACUGGACCUGGAUGAUCAUGGUGGCCGUACCUUCUUGAGGGUCCUCCUUCACUUAACCAUGCAUGACUAUCCCCCGCUCGUGUCCAGAGCCCUUCAUCUGCUCUUCAGGCACUUCAGCCAAAGGCAGGAAGUUCUGCAAGCUUUUAAGCAGGUCCAGUUGUUGGUCACCAGCCAAGAUGUGGAGAAUUACAAACAAAUAAAGUCCGACCUGGACCAGCUGCGCUCUAUUGUAGAGAAGUCCGAGCUGUGGGUGUACAAGAGGCAGGGGCCUGAUGAGCCCAUGGACACGGGAGAGGGGCUGUCCACUGAGUCGGCGCAUAAAAAGGGAGACUCUGGGGGCACGGACAAACCGAAGAAAGCAGAAAGUACAAGCAGUUACAACUACAGAGUGGUCAAAGAGAUCUUGCUGCGGCUCAGCAGGCUGUGCGUCCAAGAAGGUCUGUCAGGCAGGAAGAGCAGGAAACAGCAGCAGAGACUUUUACGCAACAUGGGAGCUCAUGCCGUUGUACUUGAACUCCUGCAGAUCCCCUACGAGAAGGGAGAGGAUUUGCGAAUGCAGGACAUCAUGAAGCUCGCCCAUCAGUUCCUGCAGAACUUCUGUGCAGGAAACCAACAGAACCAAGCACUGCUGCACAAGCAUGUCAAUCUUUUCCUCAACCCAGGGAUUUUAGAAGCCAUCACUAUGCAGCAUAUCUUCAUGAACAACUUCCAGCUGUGCAGUGAGAUCAAUGAGCGUGUGGUUCAGCAUUUUGUCCACUGCAUUGAAACGCACGGCCGCAACGUCCAGUACCUCAAGUUUCUGCAGACUAUUGUCAAAGCAGAGAACAAGUUCAUCAAGAAGUGUCAGGACAUCGUCAUGGCAGAGCUUGUGAAUGCUGGCGAAGAUGUUUUGGUCUUCUAUAAUGACCGCGCCUCCUUCCAGACAUUGGUCCAGAUGAUGCGAUCGGAGCGCGACCGCAUGGAUGAAAAUAGUCCUCUGAUGUACCACAUUCACCUGGUGGAGCUCUUGGCUGUCUGCACCGAGGGCAAGAACGUCUACACAGAGAUCAAAUGUAACUCCCUGUUGCCACUGGAUGACAUAGUGCGUGUGGUAACCCACGAGGACUGCAUCCCUGAGGUGAAGAUCGCGUAUAUCAACUUCCUGAACCACUGUUAUGUGGACACUGAGGUGGAAAUGAAGGAGAUCUACACCUCCAACCACAUGUGGAAACUCUUUGAGAACUUCCUGGUGGAUAUUUGCAGGGUGUGCAACAAUACCAGUGACCGUAAGCAUGCAGACACCAUUCUGGAGCGCUAUGUCACGGAGACGGUCAUGAGCAUCGUGACGACUUUCUUCAGUUCCCCCUUUUCUGACCAGAGCACCAGCCUGCAGACCAGGCAGCCAGUCUUUGUGCAGCUGUUGCAGGCAGUGUUCAGGGUCUACCAUUGUAACUGGCUGACUCCAGUCCAGAAGGGCUCUGUUGAGAACUGUAUAAAGGUGCUCUCUGACGUUGCCAAAAGCAGAACAAUAGCCAUCCCAGUGGACCUGGACAAUCAAGUGAACAAUCUGUUUGUGAAAUCCAACAACAUUGUCCAGAAGACCGCCAUGAGCUGGAGACUUUCUGCUCGUAACGCUGCUCGCAGAGACUCUGUGGUGACCGCCUCAAGGGACUACAGGAACAUUAUCGAGAGGCUUCAGGACAUUGUGUCAGCUCUCGAGGACCGUCUGCGUCCGCUGGUCCAGGCAGAACUGUCGGUUCUGGUGGACGUGCUACAUCGGCCUGAGCUGCUCUUCCCUGAGAACACAGACUCGCGCAAGAAGUGUGAGAGCGGGGGUUUCAUAUGCAAGCUGAUCAAACAUACUAAGCAGCUGCUGGAGGAAAACGAGGAGAGACUGUGCAUCAAAGUUCUGCAAACACUGCGAGAGAUGAUGACAAAAGACCGAGGUUAUGGAGAGAAGCUCAGGGCCUUUGAUGAUGAGAUGGAUAUGCCUAAGCUGCUGGAUCAGAACCAGCCUGAGAAGCUGUUGGAGGACCAGAAGAGGGGCGAAGCACUGAGACAGAUUCUGGUGAACCGUUACUAUGGCAACUUCCAUCGGAGCGGUGGGCGGAGGGACAGCCUUGCGUCAUUUACCAAUGGCCCCCUCAGUCCGGUAGGACCUGGCAAAAGCCAAUCAGCUUUAGGGGGUCCUGGGGGCCUGAGUCGUGGUGAAAUGAGCCUGGCGGAGGUGCAGUGUCACCUGGAUAAAGAGGGAGCCUCUGACCUGGUUAUUGACCUCAUCAUGAACGCCACCAGUGACCGAGUCUUCCAAGAAAGCAUUCUCCUGGCUAUUGCGUUGCUGGAGGGUGGCAACACCACCAUUCAGCAUUCCUUCUUUUGCCGUCUGACAGAGGACAAGAAAUCGGAAAAGUUCUUCCGGGUUUUCUACGACCGUAUGAAGCUGGCCCAGCUGGAGAUAAAGGCCACGGUGACAGUAAACACCAGUGACCUGGGGAACAGGAAGAGGGAUGAUGACAGCCAGGAUAAAGACGCCCCUGUUCGCAAAAAAGCCAGAGACUCAGCAGUGGUCAUGACGGAGGACGUGAGAGAGCAACUGAUUGAGGCCUCGUCCGCGACAAAGAAGGCCUUUAACUCUUACCGGCGUGAAGCCGACCCCGAGGACCACUUCACCUCCGUGGACGGCCAGCCCAGCACCGGGGACAAGAACCAGGACGACGGAGAGAUGAGCUUUGUGAUCGUUAUCAUGCAGCCUAUUCUUCGCUUCCUCCAGCUUCUUUGUGAGAAUCACAACCGUGACCUGCAGAACUUCCUCCGUUGUCAGAACAACAAGAACAACUACAACCUUGUGUGUGAGACUCUGCAGUUCUUGGAUUGUAUCUGUGGCAGCACCACAGGUGGCCUCGGCCUACUGGGACUCUACAUCAAUGAGAAGAAUGUGGCCCUCAUCAACCAAUCUCUGGAGAGUCUCACAGAGUACUGCCAGGGCCCCUGCCAUGAAAAUCAGAAUUGCAUUGCCACUCAUGAGUCAAAUGGUAUUGAUAUCAUCAUCGCUCUGAUCCUUAAUGACAUCAACCCACUUGGGAAAAAGCGAAUGGAUCUGGUGCUAGAGCUCAAGAACAAUGCAUCCAAGCUGCUGCUCGCCAUAAUGGAGAGCCGUCACGACAGUGAGAAUGCUGAAAGGAUUCUGUACAACAUGAGGCCUAAAGAGCUGGUGGAGGUGAUAAAAAAAGCCUAUAUGCAAGGAGAAGUAGAGUUUGAAGACUCAAAGGAGGAGGAGGAUAAUGGGGAAGAGGAAGAACAUGAUGCCGCCUCCCCCAGAAAUGUUGGACACAACAUCUACAUUUUAGCUCACCAGUUGGCGCGACACAACAAGGAGCUGGCCAUGAUGUUAAAGCCAGGAGGGGCCAGUGGAGAGGGAGAUGAGGCCUUGGAGUUCUACGCCAAACACACUGCUCAGAUAGAGAUUGUACGUCAGGACCGAACAAUGGAGGAGAUUGUGUUCCCUGUGCCCAACAUCUGUGAGUUCCUGACCUUGGAGUCAAAGCUGCGAGUCUACUACACCACCGAGAGAGACGAGCAGGGCAGCAAGAUCAACGACUUCUUCCUGAGCGCAGAGGACCUCUUCAACGAGAUGAACUGGCAGAAGAAACUCAGAGCCCAGCAGGUGCUGUACUGGUGCUCCAGAAACAUCUCGGUGUGGAGUAACGUUUCCUUCAACCUGGCUGUGCUCAUGAACCUGCUGGUUUGCUUCUUCUACCCCCUGGAGGGGGUACAUGGAGGUAUGCUCGAUUCCCACCUGUCUGCACUGCUGUGGAUGGGAGUCUUGGCAACACUGGUCAUUGUCAUCAUCAUGCCCCAACCGCUGGGCAUCCGUGCCCUGGUCAUCGUCACCAUCCUCCGUCUCAUCUUCUCCGUUGGCCUGGAGCCGACCCUCUUCCUUCUGGGUGCCUUCAAUGUGUGUAAUAAAAUCAUCUUCCUCAUAAGUUUCGUGGGGAAUCGAGGAACCUUCACAAGAGGCUACAAAGUCAUGGUGUUGGACUUUGAGUUCCUCUACCACCUCCUCUACCUCAUCAUCUGCUCUCUGGGGGUGUUUGUCCACGUCUUCUUCUACAGUUUGUUGCUGUUCGACCUGGUUUACAGAGAAGAGACCUUGCUGAAUGUAAUUAAGAGUGUGACACGUAAUGGACGCUCCAUUGUACUCACCGCCGUGCUGGCACUCAUCUUGGUCUACCUGUUCUCCAUUGUUGGCUACAUCUUCUUCAAAGAUGACUUCAUCCUGGAGGUCGACCGGAUCCCCAACACAACCAUGAAAAGUGGAGCCAGUCUGGCCGGCGAGUUUCUGUCUGACGGGAUGUGUCGUGGGGGGAUUGAUGACAACUGUACCACAGUGACCCCACAGGAAGAUUUUGGGAAAGACGGUGAGGAGGACAGCGAUAUGGAGCGGACGUGUGACUCUCUGCUCAUGUGUAUCGUCACUGUGCUGAGUCACGGCUUGAGGAGCGGAGGGGGCGUCGGGGAUGUUCUCCGCAAACCUUCCAAAGAGGAGCCCCUAUUUGCAGCCAGAGUUAUAUACGACCUGCUGUUCUUCUUCAUGGUCAUCAUCAUUGUCCUCAACCUCAUCUUUGGCGUCAUCAUCGACACCUUCGCUGACCUGAGGAGUGAAAAGCAGAAGAAAGAGGAGGUGCUGAAGACAACCUGCUUCAUCUGUGGCCUGGAGCGAGACAAGUUUGACAACAAAACGGUGACUUUUGAGGGGCACAUCAAAGAGGAGCACAACAUGUGGCACUACCUGUUCUUUAUUGUGCUGGUAAAAGUUAAGGAUUCCACCGAGUACACGGGCCCGGAGAGCUACGUGGCUGAGAUGAUCAAGGAGCACAACCUGGACUGGUUUCCACGGAUGCGCGCCAUGUCACUGGUGAGCAGCGACGCAGAGGGUGAGCAGAAUGAAAUCAGGAACCUGCAGGAGAAGCUGGAGUCGACCAUGAGACUGGUGGCCAACCUGUCUGGACAGCUGACCGAGCUCAAGGAGCAGAUGACGGAGCAGAGGAAGCAGAAGCAACGAAUCGGUCUGCUUGGGCAUCCCCCUCACAUGAACAUCAACCCCCAGCAGCCUGCCUGAGGAUUCCCGGGCUUCACUGGUGCCUGUGUGCCUCCUCACAUUUUUAAACGGGAGAAUGCCAAAACGUGUCUUUCUCCAGUGUGUAUUUAGGUCUGACUGUAUACCUUCCGCAGACACUCUUCACUUCUGGGUGUCUGUGAAGUGAAAGUUAUCUGAGGAUGUCACUCGAGGUGCCGAUGCGUCUGUGCGGGUGGACUAUGCACCAAGUGCCACGGGACCUGGGAAGCCAGUCUUGUAGGUUGAGGAGAUAAAACAAAAUACUGACUUUGACAGCUUUACUACCCAGAAUGCCUUCUGCAAUGUACCACACUGACGGCAUGCCAAAGUUCAGCCAUUGUUCCCGAGGAACUUUUCCUCUCAAGUGGCCUUGUAUCGAGGUUUUAAUCCUCAGGGUUGCACCACCAAACUCAGGUCACGUGCAUUUGAAGGUUUCUUUGAACUCUACAAGAUAUUAUUGAAUUAUUUUUUUGUCUGACAGCAGUAGGACAACUUAUGUUAUAUGCAAAGUCUAAAUAGGAAUGAUAUAUAUGAAAUGAUCAUAUAUUUAAGAUAAGGACACAAACAACUCUACAAACCUGAGGAAUUCAUUAUAUUUUCCAAUGUUUCUAAAAUGCUGUUAGAAAAUCUUCACAGUGUUGUUUGUUUGUAAUCCGGCGGACAAGGAUUUGUUAUCACUUUCAUAAUACUAAGUAAUCUUGAAUGAAGGUUCUGCUUUAACCUUUUUUUUAUUUUGAAUAAUGACCUUUAUGAACAUACUGGAGAUGAAGGAGUAAAUCAUAUGACUGCAGUUCCACGUUGUGCUUAUAAUGAGAACCAAAGUUAAAGGAUUUUCGGGAGUAGAGGUGAAGGAGAUUUAUUCUUCUUCUGUGCACUGAAUUAUUUAAUCUUUUCUUUAAUUCAUUUAGUCCUGAAGCACUGAGGUUUUCUGUAGCACACAAACAAUUGUUACUUUUUGGGUUGGUCACUUUGUAAAAGAACCACAACAGAAUGAAUGAGUGCGUGUGGGUGGGUGGUUGUGUAUGUGUAUAAAAGAUGUCAUUUGGAGUGUGGCUUGACCAAACUGAACUUUUGUACUAAUAGAUGGUUUGUGUCUGAAUUGUACAUUCCAAUCUUGGAGUAUAUAUUUAAAUAAACAAGUGUGUAAAACAGUC